GGUUCCACCUCAGCGGGACGGUAACGGAGCCUGCGACUGCAACGGAACCAGAGAUGACCUACAAGGUGGCCAUCAGCUUCGACCGCUGCAAAAUCACCUCAGUGACAUGUGGCUGUGGGAACAAGGACAUUUUUUACUGUGCCCAUGUCGUGGCACUUUCGCUGUACAGGAUCCGUAAGCCCGACCAGGUCAAACUCCGUCUUCCCAUCUCAGAGACCCUUUUCCAGAUGAACAGGGACCAGCUCCAGAAGUUUGUUCAGUAUUUGAUCACAGCGCACCACACCGAGGUGCUGCCCACUGCCCAGAAGUUGGCUGAUGAGAUCCUGUCAUCCAACUCGGAGAUCAACCAAGUGCAUGGCGCUCCCGACCCCACUGCUGGGGCCAGCAUCGAUGACGAGAACUGCUGGCACUUGGAUGAGGAGCAGGUCCGAGAGCAGGUGAAGCUGUUCCUAUCUCAGGGAGGGUACUACGGCUCGGGGAAGCAGCUCAACUCCAUGUUUGCCAAGGUUCGGGAGAUGCUGCGCAUGAGGGACUCCAAUGGGGCCAGGAUGCUGACAUUGAUAACGGAGCAGUUCAUGGCCGAUCCUCGGCUUUCCCUCUGGAGGCAGCAGGGGACAGGCAUAACAGAGAAGUGCCGGCAGCUCUGGGAUGAGCUGGGGGCGCUGUGGGUGUGCGUGGUGUUAAACCCACACUGCAAGCUGGAAGAGAAAUCCUGCUGGCUCCGGCAGCUGCGCAAGUGGGGCGAGAUGGACGUCUGUCCCCUGGAAGAUGGCAAUUAUGGUAACGAGCUUCCCAAUAUCACCAACGCGCUUACGCAGAGCUCCGGUCACAGCCAAGACUCGCUGGCCAGGCCCAGACGAACCGUGUUCACCCGAGCGAUCGAAGGCUGUGACCUCCACUGGCAGGACAGCCACCUGCAGCGCAUCAUCAGCAGUGACUUCUACGUGUCUCCCUCCUACCAGCGGGAGGGUGAGAGCCUCCUCUUCAACUCCCAGGGGCAGCCGCUGUGGCUGGAACAUGUCCCGACAGCCUGCGCUCGAGUGGAUGCCCUGCGCUCCCACGGCUAUCCCAGAGAAGCUCUCCGACUAACUGUUGCCAUAAUCAACACCCUGAGACUGCAACAGCAAAGGCAGCUGGAAAUAUAUAAGCAUCAGAAGAAAGAGCUGCUGCAGCGAGGAGCAACAACCAUCACCAACUUGGAGGGCUGGGUGGGCCACCCUCUGAACCCCAUCGGCUGCCUCUUUCUCACCCUGACUGAAGCUUGUAGAUUAGAAGAGGAAAAUUGCCUUGAAAUUUCAGACACCGGGGACUCCAAACCCCCAGUGUAUCAACACGUGCCCGUCGCUACUGGCAGCCAAGACAGCGGAGAGUCCUACCUAUCCCUGGCCUUAGAGGUGGCCCUGAUGGGGAUGGGUCAGCAGAGGGUGAUGCCCGAAGGCCUCUAUGCCCAGGACAAGGUGUGCCGCAACGAGGAGCAGAUCAUUGCCCGGCUGCAGGACCUGGAGCUGGACCCAGUGCUGGUGCAGACCCUACGGAAGCAGUGCAUCUUGCUGCUGGAAGGUGGUCCCUUCAGCGGCUUGGGAGAAGUCAUCCACCGUGAGAGCGUCCCCAUGCACACCUUUGCCAAAUACCUGUUCUCUGCCCUGCUGCCCCACGACGCAGACCUGGCAUACAAGCUGGCUCUGCGGGCCAUGAGGUUGCCCGUCCUGGAGACCACAGCACCGUCUGGUGACGUGACUCACCCCCACCAUCUUGUCUCGGUGGUCCCCAGCAGAUACCCACGCUGGUUCACCCUGGGGCACCUGGAGUCUCAGCAGUGUGAGCUGGCCUCCACCAUGCUCACGGCAGCCAAAGGAGAUAUGCUGCGCCUACGCACAGUGCUGGAGGCCAUCCAGAAGAAUAUCCACUCCUCCUCCUUGAUCUUCAAGCUGGCCCAAGAUGCGUUCAAGAUCGCCACGCCGGCUGACAGCAACUCGGAUACGACGCUGCUCAACGUGGCGCUGGAGCUGGGGCUCCAGGUGAUGCGCAUGACCCUGUCCACCCUCAACUGGCGUCGGCGGGAGAUGGUGAGGUGGCUGGUGACGUGCGCUACUGAAGUGGGGGUGAGGGCCCUGGUGAGCAUCCUGCAGAGCUGGUACUCGCUGUUCACUCCCACGGAAGCCACCAGCAUCGUGGCAGCCACAGUGAUGUCCCACAACACCAUCCUGCGCCUGAGUCUGGACUACCCACAGCGGGAAGAGCUGGCCAGCUGCGCCCGCACCUUAAAAAAACCGCAGAACUGCGCCCUGUCUGCCCUGACCCUCUGCGAGAAGGACCACAUCGCUUUCGAGACUGCCUACCAGAUCGUCAUCGACGCCGCCUCCACCGGCAUGACCUACACCCAGCUCUUCACCAUCGCCCGCUACAUGGAGCACCGAGGCUACCCGCUCCGGGCCUUCAAACUGGCCUCGUUGGCCAUGACGCACCUCAACCUGGCCUACAACCAGGACACGCACCCGGCCAUCAACGACGUGCUCUGGGCCUGCGCCUUGAGCCACUCUUUGGGCAAGAACGAGCUGGCGGCCAUCAUCCCACUGGUGGUGAAGAGCGUGCACUGUGCCACGGUGCUCUCGGACAUCCUUCGCCGCUGCACCAUGACGCCCCCCCGGCGCCAGCUGCUGGACGCGACAAUAAGCGCCUACAUCAACACCACCCACUCCCGGCUCACCCACAUCAGCCCACGGCACUACGGGGAGUUCAUCGAGUUCCUCAGCAAGGCCAGGGAGACCUUCCUCCUGGCACAGGACGGGCACAUACAGUUCGCCCAGUUCAUUGACAAUCUCAAACAAAUCUACAAAGGCAAGAAAAAACUGAUGCUGCUGGUGCGGGAACGGUUUGGGUGAGCCCCGGCCCCUGCCACGCUCACUGGCAGGGGGCAGCCGCAGCAUGGGGACUCGGGAGAGAAGAAGGAAGGAAAGCGGAGAUCGCCUUCCCCCAUUGGCAGAGGCUGCUCUUUUCUGGUCUUCUGUUUCUUUUUUCCGUUUGUUUUCUUUGUUUUCUUUUUCUUUUUUUAAAAUUUUUUAUGUUUCUCUUUCUUGGAUUUAACCAUUUCACUCACUGAGAAGAUCCAGAGAUUCCUUGGGCACAAACCAAAAGGCAACCACGGGGAAAAGGAUGGUUCGCUCAGCCCCCUGCCCUCCCUUGCCAAUACCAAAAGCUAACCUGGAAA